AUCAAGGCAGCUUUUGAGAAUGCGUCACAAGGGAUGCUUUGUGUCUCAACCCGCUAUUGAAGUAGCAUUGUGCAGAGCCAGUCUAUGCACUAAAGGAGGCCUCUAGAGGAGUAGUUUGCAAAAAAUCGAAUCAACUAUUGGGCUGCCUCCUCCCGGUCGCAUUUGAUCCAAAGGUCUAGAACGCGUCUUAAAAACCCGAGACAAGCCACUAUUGUAGUGAGCUAGCUCUCCCUCCCCCCGCAAAUAGAGGGUUCUCACGAGCAACCAGCACGAACGACACGCACUCUCUAAUUGUAACCUGUGUGCAAACCAAAUCAACCAGUAAACGACUUCAAUCCAACAUACUCGGACAGGCAGUAGGGCCGCGAAGACAACAACGAUGCUCGAAUAUUUCACCUACAGAAAGUUCAAGAAGCACCAAGCGCAAAAGCAGGAGGCAGAGCAGAAACGUCUCAGCCAAGAGGCCGCAGGUACUCCCGGCAGCACUAGCAACGACAUUCCACAGAUUGUCGAGCCCAGCCCGUCAGCCACGGCGACGACAGAGGUCAGGUCACCGCUUCUCCAGGAUGAAGACGAGAGGUUCUUUAGGCUCCUGACAACCCAGGACGCGUCGCUCAUCACCCUCAGGGAUGCGGACAACGGCGAAGAUGACGAGGGCCCCAGGCCGCCCUUGCCUCCGCGCAUAAAGACGCCAGAGAUUGGCUGGGACAGCGAUGCCGAGUCCUUCAUGGUUGCAAACAAGGGCAAGGGCAAGGAGAAGGCGGGAGAGGAGACGGCGGCGCCAGCUGCCGCAGACAAGACAAAAGAUGGCGAUGGCAAGUUCGCGAAUCGCAUCGGUCGCCGCAUCUCGGUGCUCGUUCGUCGCCCAGGAAAGAAGCAGCCGGACGUCAAGCCGAACCCCAAGGUCCCCGUCUCAGAGGAAGACGCCGAGCGGGAAAAGGACGACCUGAGCCGCGUCCUCGACGAGCUGAACCUUUCGGCACAAAACAACCGCGUCUUCUCGCUGUCCAAGGAGUCGACCGAGCUCGUCAACUCCUUCACGCAGGUGUUGAAGGACCUGGUCAACGGCGUCCCGACGGCUGCCAACGACCUCAAGACGCUCCUCGAGGACCCAGACGGUCAGCUGGCAAAGAACUAUGAGAAGCUUCCAGCGAGCCUCAAGAAGCUGGUGCAGCAGAUGCCCGACAAGGUGUCCAGCAGCCUGGCGCCGGAGCUCCUUGCCGCGGCGGCCAAGUCGCAAGGCCUGGAGCACACGGACAACUCCAAAGGUGGGAUCAAGGAGACGGCCAUAAAGCUGAUCAAGCCGGGUAACCUCCAGGAGCUCAUCACCAAGCCUGGCGCUAUAUUGAGUAUGCUCAAGGCCAUUGUGAAUGCGCUCAAGCUGCGUUGGCCUGCCUUUAUUGGCACAAACGUGAUUUGGAGUAUAGCCAUCUUUUUACUGCUUUUCGUGCUUUGGUACUGCCACAAACGUGGCCGUGAGGUUCGCCUCGAAGGAGAACGGACGACUGAGGCAGGCGACCGGAUCGAGGAGCUGCCUGAUGACCCUCUACUUCCAGCGCCACCGGCGGGUGAAGCUUCGGGAUCCACCUCAUCGCCUAAGCUGCCGCCACCGCCUGUAGGUCAGGGCAGCGGUAGCAAGUGAUAGGUUCGGCGGAGGACACACUUCAAAUGGCAUACACGUUGACGCGAGUCAAUUCUUUAAGCAUGACUUAACAUAACAAAUGCAGACACUUCUCUGGUCGGACCCCAGGCUGCGAAAAUUAAUGUGUCGAAUGGCUUACAUGGAUAUCAAGGCGAAAAUGAUGUUUAAUACCCGUUAAUGACCCCCAAAUCAUACUUAGUUUAGUUUAUGCAUCAAGCAGCAAUUGC